AUGACGCCGUCUUCAGUUUUGACAACUCCAACUUCCGAACUUACUGUGUUGUUCUCCUUUUCCAUCUCCCAAUUCUUGUUUCAGUGGUAAGCUAGGAAGGAAUUCGUAUUCAAGUUAAAGUCCAUGUUAUUCUAGGCAAUGGAAGUGACGAUGAUAAUAACACAAAGUCUACCGACAGAAGUCAGACAUAAUUAUAUGUUGCUCAAUGCAAAUGUCGCUGACUCAAAUUACGCCGUUAUUGGAGAAUUGAGUUUGAAAACGAUUCCAAGCCUUAUUAACUUUUCUCUUAUUUCUGGAUCUGUUGUUCUCGCACCAUUUGUUGGUUUUGUGUUCCGCAAGUGAGUUCAACUGGAAGACAAUGUUGAUUCACUUUUUUUCAGCAAAAUAUUAUCGCGGAUCAACUCUCAUCUAGACAAAUCGUCACAGGUGAAAAAGAACCAAAGUCGUGUUUUUGUGAAGGUACCGUUUUUCGGUUCACAUUUUGGUUCUGAUAAUACUGGUUUUCAUUCCAGGGACUCACAAUUCAAGCUAUUCUUCCUCUUAUUUUCUACGUUCCAGUAUUUGGCCUGUACUUUUAUUGCAUUCUCACACGUAAGAAUGAUCACAAUUUGUACCAUGAUGAUUGGUUUUCGCUUUUUUUCAGAUCACGAGAUUCUUUUCCAACAGUACUUUAUGACAGUAGUACCUGCUCUUCCCGCACUCUUCGAUCCACUGCUCACUUUGUAUUUUGUGACCCCAUACAGAAGACAAGUGAAAAUAUGGAUGCGGCUCGAAAAAACGUCAAAAUUGAUGCCAGUUAUGACAUCACAAAUCAACUAA